CUUUGCUUCAGCGCUACAUGGAGCGCCGCUUCCCGGACACGGUCAGCACCGUGGGCGGCGCCUUCUACCUGAAGCAGUGGCGCUCCUUCAACAUCUCCAUUUGGGACACCGCAGGACCUGAGGUUGACAGCGUCCAUGGUAUGACAAGCAGGGACCUGAACCCUGGCUGUCACCUGCCCCGCUGCCUCUGUGGACAGUGGCUCCUAUGACUAUGGCCUGUGCGAGGUUCUGUGCUUCAGGGCAGGGCAGGGCAUCUGCCCCUCCCCCCACGCAGCCAAGGAGGCCUGCUUUGGCAGGGCGGGAGCAGUUCCAUGGCCUGGGCUCCAUGUACUGCCGGGGGGCGGCCGCUGUCAUCCUUACGUACGAUGUGAACCACCGACAGAGUCUGCUGGAGCUGGAGGACAGGUUCCUGGGCCUGACAGAAACAGCCAACAACGACUGCUUGUUUGCCAUCGUGGGAAACAAAGUGGACCUGGCCAUGGAGCGGGCCCCAGAGGGUGGGGAGAAGGAAGGAGAGGCCUCUGGGAAGGCGGGGGGCAGCUGUGUCUCCUCCAAGGUACCCAGGCAGGUGCAGCCAGAGGACGCGAUGGCCCUUUACAAGAAGAUCCUGAAGUACAAGAUGCUGGAUGAGGGGGAGAUGCCAGCCGCCGAGCGGAUGUGCUUUGAAACCAGCGCCAAAACUGGGCACAAUGUGGACCUCCUCUUUGAGACCUUGUUUGACUUGGUGGUGCCGAUGAUCGCCCGACAGAAGACUGAGGAGCCGUCCCAGAUUGUGGAUAUAGCCAGCUGCAAAACACCCAAGCGGACUAGAUCUGGGUGCUGCGCCUGAUGGCCGAGGCCUCCCUCCUGUCCCCUGGCAUGUGUGGGAGCUACCGAACUCAGACAUUUCACAGGACUUUGUGUAGAGAGGGCGCUGGGUGGAAAUGACCGCCAGCUGCUAGUACAGGUCAGGGUCCCCAGCGACCUCUGGGCAUCAGGAGGUGGGACCGAAACCCUCUGUGGAGCCAACCUGGUGCCGCCUCGUCUACUGCCUCGUGUAUCAACCACCACCAUGCAGUUUGCAGUCUUGGGAGCUGCCUUGCAGUGGGCUUGACUCUCACGGUCACCGCAUCCUGCACCACAUCUGUUCUCUGGGGUUUCCCAUUUGAUAUCCGUACUUGAUAUAUUCUGAUGCCAAGUCUCCGUGAUUAAUUUAUACAAAAUUCAAGAAUGGCUGUUUUUAUACCUGGUGAAUCCGGGUGGGCUACAUGUUAUUAAAAAGGAUUUGAGGAAAAGCUUUA